GUGCUUGUGAGGCGCAACUCUAUUAGUUUCCUAUAUCAUUGCCACGUGCGUGACUGCGUCAUAGAGGACAUAGAGAUAGUCAAAGGAAGAAGAGUCGGAGAACGAUAUUGUCGUGUUUCAAUAGACUUUUUUUCCCAUUCUUUCCUUCAGGGGCAGAAGUGUCUAAGGGAAAAACCAAGUACUGAAUAGGCGGGGAAAAAACCUAGCAAAACAUUUCAACAUCAGUACAUCUCCCGUGUUGGACGAAUAGGAGGAAGAGGAGGAGAGGCAAGCCUAAUGGUUGUGCAAGAUUCAUUUACUGGCAAGAUUGUAGAAGUGAAUAAAGGAUGUGAAAUUCCAGGAUUUCAGCCAGUCCAAGGGUCCAUUUGCUUGAGACUUCUACUUAUGGCAGGUAUAAAUUUCAAUAUUGGAGUGAAAACUGGGCAAGACGAUAAAGACAAAAAUAAAAUAUUGAAAGAAGACCAAAGUCAGCAGAGCAAAGAGCAGAAGAGAGACGAGAAUAAGAAGAAGAAAGGUCAGAAGAAGAAGAAGAAGAAGAAGAAGAAGGAGCAGAAUAAUGCAGACGAUGAAGAAUAGAGGAAAUGAUUGAUUGGCAAGAAGACAGCUUCAGAAUCACCACUGAUCAAUCUUUGGGAGUCUACAUUUGAUCAUUAAAAAGAAAACAACGCAGACGCUGUCUUUUGGCACAAGACAUUAAAUGCAUCUUUGGACUGUUCUAUGAAGUGAUUUAGCUAUGUGAUUUAGCUCAUGGAGGAUAUGCCCUUAUCACUUGAAUCAGAAUGUAUUGCUAAAUAAGCCUUAUAAUAAAAUCCUUUUUUCCCAUCAGC